UGUGCCAUCUCGCCAAGUUUCUUGUGCCAUCUCGCUCAAAUAUAUUGGCUUUUAGUACUAUCUUCACUCCGUCUUGCAUACUAGCAGCCUACCGUGGCUCGUGCGCAUAAACUAUUAUGGAAUUUCUGAAGCUUCUCUACUUUCUCUCUUUUCUUUUUCUAGGAGUUGGGGCAAACCAUGCAGAUCUUGAAGCUUAUUGGAAAUCCGAGCUUCCAAACACUCCUAUGCCCAAAGCUGUUAGAGACCUCCUAAAAGGUGGGAAGUUGCCGGAAAGGGGCAAUUUCAGGUUGAAAACAUAUGACGACGGCUGUAGUUUCAAACAUUAUUGUGGAAAUCCUACUGAAGAUGAGCUCCAUAUUGACCCAAAAGUGAAAGUCUUUUUCUUGAAAAUGCACCUCAAUCGCGGCUCAAGCAUGAAUAUGAAGUUUGUUGAAUCAGUGAAAAGUCCUACGGCUUUCCUGCCCCGCCAGGUUGCUAAUUCGAUUCCCUUCUCGUCAAAAUCUGUUCCUGAAAUUUUGAACAAAUACUCACUGAAUCCACAAUCACAAGAUGCUAGAAUUAUUAAGGAAACGAUAGCAGAAUGCGAGGUGCCUGCAAUGAAAGGGGAAGACAAGUAUUGUGCGACUUCUCUCGAAUCAAUGGUUGAUUUCACUACUUCAAAGCUGGGCAAAGAUGUUCUAGCAAUUUCUAACGAAGCACAGAAAACAGAUCCAGAAGUCCAGAAAUAUGGUAUUGUGUCUGUUUCCAAGUUGAACAACAACGAUAAAGAAAUAGUUUCUUGCCACAGGCAAAACUAUUUCUACGCAGUUUUCUACUGCCACACCACACAGAAUACAGAUGCAUAUAUGGUUAAUUUAGUUGGUGCCGAUGGAGCAAAAGUCAAGGCAGUAGCUGUUUGUCACCGGGAUACGUCAGCAUGGAACCCAAAGCAUUUGGCUUUUCAGCUGCUGAAGGUGAAGCCAGGAACUGUUCCAAUCUGCCAUUUCCUUCCUGAGGAUCACAUUGUCUGGGUUCCGAAGCACUAAAUAUAGUACAGAAACUUGUUAACGCCUCCCAAGUGAUCUAUAUUUGUUGCUCUGAUGUUUUUACGUAUGUCUUCUGCAGCUUGGGAGUUCCAUCCAUUAUGUUGCCAUAAUUAAAUAAAUCCUUGUUUAGUUUGUUCUCUACUUUGAUAUCAAAUUGUAUAUGUCAAUCUACUGUGACAAAGAUGUAAUGGUACCUGGUUUCGUUUUUAA